CAAAAUACAACAUAUACAAAAAUAUUUAGAUUUUUUUAUUUGAUUAAUGUAAUUGUCUUAUUUAUUUUAAUAAAAAAAUAAACAAAAAUGAUAAAAAGUAUACAGAUUGUUAUCAAAUCUUUAUUAUUUAAAAUCAUGAAUUGCCAUAUAUAUUUUAAUCACAUUAGGUAAUUCCGUAGGUUUUAUUUAAAGAAAGAAUAUAUAACAUUAUAUUAUGGAAAUAUGUGACAAGGUUAUAUUAAACUAUGGUUUAUAUUAUGUGCUCUAGAAUUCUUAUAAAUAAGAUUUAGAAAGUAUUUAGAAAUGCCACAUAAAAUGAAGUAUUUUUUAAUUAAUACAAAAUUAUGAUUCUAAUUUUUUAAAAUAUCCUCAAUUAAUAUAUAUAGGAUAUAAGAUCACCACGGGUGACUUAAUGCGCAUGCAAGUUGAAAUUACUUGGACCCACUUCUUUUACAUAAUAUUUUUUAAUCUCUAUUCAUGAAAUAAUUUUCCGGAACUAUAGUGGAAAUCGACCUAUUAAUCAUAUAGGCAGAAGAACAAUGCUCAUUACAAACUGAUCUGAAUGACAAAAAAUUUAACCAAUAUAAGUUAAAUUGCUAAUGAAGUGGAUACGGAAGGAGUUUUGAUUUCUGUUUUUUUUUUUUUUUUUUUUUUUUUUUUUUUUUGACGUCGAAAGGCUAUUCUAUUACUCAAACUUGAGUUUUGAUUUCCGUUUAUAUAAACUAAUCAAGCAAAAUCCAAACCAGAAAAUCAAACCUACUCUCAUAUAGUCAAUAUGUAUUCAAGGCUGAUUAAUACUAUGUAUAUGUGAAACUGUUAAAUUCUCAACCGGUUGGAUACUUGGCCGUUGAUUGUGCAUUGUGGAUAUAAAAUCUAACGUGAGCCCAACCCAAGAUAUUGCUAUAUUUUUUUGCUUCAUAUGGAGGCUAUAGCAAAGGAAAACGUCGCCGUUUAGCGUUUAGUGUGCAGUAAAAAAAGUAGAAAAAAGGAAAUAUUCCAAUUUGACAAAGAUCAUUAAACCCUAGUCGGUAGUCUCUCUGUUUUCUAUUUACUACUACUUAUAUAUAUCUCCAAAAAGCGUCACCGUGAAUUAGACAUAGCUAUGGUUAAGUAUCUGUUGAGAAGACAAGCCGAUUUCGUGGCACCAGAGAUUCCUUUUGAUCUCAUGAUAGAAAUACUAACUAGGUUGCCUGCUAAAUCGCUUAUGAGGUUCAGGUGUGUCUCAAAGCUAUGGUCUUGUCUGAUCCGUUCUCGAUAUUUUACCAACCUUUAUCUCACGGUUUCAUCAUCGCGACCGCAACUUCUUGGUCUAUACAUGAGUUUGAUUUCGGUGCAUUCGGUGAGACACUUUAAGUGUGAUUCAAUGGAGCUCUGCCACAACCGUGGAAAUUCUGAUCUGCUAUCAUUAAGGUUAUCGUCGUCCUUUAGUAAUAGUGCUGAAUCAUCCUUAGAACUAGAUUUGACUUUCCCAGGGAUGGGAGGAGACAGGAUGGUUGUUCUUCGCAGUCUGAUUUUAUACACUAUUUGCAGAAAAGCAUGUAUCUAUAAUCCCACAACUAGACAAAGCUUAAUCUUACCGGCCGUCAAAUCCGACAUCUUUGCUCAACAAGAACCUAAUAAGCGCGUCUACUACUUUUUUGGACAUGACCCUAUUCAAGAUCAAUACAAAAUAGUAUGCAUUGUUGUGCUAGGCUCAAAAUAUAGGCUAACCUCCGAGUUUUGGGUAUUCAUAGUGGAACCAGGAGGUUUUUGGAAAAGAAUUGAGCAUGAUGAUCAAGCUCACAUUCCUAUAGGACAAGGACUCUGCAUCAACGGAGUUAUAUAUUAUCUGGCUUUCAGUAAUACAUGUCGCGAUACCCUUUACUGUUUUGACGUUAGGUCUGAAAAGUUCCAUAAGAUCCAGGCACCCCAUGGGGUGUCUAACUUUUGUGUGAGCGUGAGUUUCAUAGAGCAUCGUGGGAAACCAGCACUCUUUGAUUAUUUAAAUAUCAGAGAAACUGGUGUGUCAGAGUUGUGGGUGUUGGAGGAUGGUGUAACAUGGUCGAGGAAGUCUCUGGUUGUGAAGCCUUGUCAGAGGCAUUUAGUAGAUGACUUUAGCUUUAUGACGGUGAUGGUGCAUGGUCAAAACAAUGAGGUUAUCUUGGCGUUGCGUAAUACUUGUUACCUUCUCUGUUAUGAUCUGAUAAAUAAUGAUUUGAGAAAGGUUAAUAUCAAUAGAGAAAGUCCACCGGACCAGAGGCGGUACGUGUAUGUCAAUGUUAUGGAUACCGGUGAAAACAUCUUGUACUUGGAAACUUGAUUAUCAUUACUAUUUGUGUUUUUCCUGUAAUAAUGUAAUUGUACUAUUUAUUUUGUAAGUUUUAUUUUACUUAUGUUACAAACAAACAGUUCUUCUAUUGUUUAAUAUCAUGAUAGGACUAGUUUUGUUGAUAUGGGUGAAUUUUUGAAGCUUGAAUGCUAAUGAUCCAUGAGUAUAAUGCAUCCAAUUAAAGAAUCUGAGAGUGUUUCAUCAGAAUAAUAUAUAAUGCAUCGUAUGAUUUUGAAGUUACAUUCUUCACCCCGGUUCUCUCAUGAUUUUAAAAUCAAAUUUACCUUUUCUAAUUGUGUGUCCUUUGUUUUAUUAUCUACCUGGACUGAGGAGAGUUUGUUCGUUAGAGUUCAGGCCCCACCUUUUGGGUUCACCAGACUCGGGAUUGGCUAAUUCGUUUUUAGGCGCCAGUGGAUCUGAACGGAGUUUGCUCCCAUUAUCAACUAUCUACAACUGGAGCUGUGGCUACUUUUCCAAACCUCUUCUUUCUGAAGCUGAUGCUAGUCUAGAGAUAGAUACCAAAAGAGAAGAGAAAGAAUGGAGUGAGUGCAGUUACCUCGGAACAUGUCUGAGGAAGACUUCUCAUCCAUGCAUUUCAUACAUAACAUGCUAGAUGGUUCUACGGGUUCGUUCUCUGCUUUUAUCACCGGUUCUUCCUCUUGCUUGAUACGCAAGGUAACAUGCCUUUGCGGUUGGGGAUGAUGGUUAAUCUCCUCCUUCAUCAAAGUGACCAAAGAAGAAGCGAGAGCUUCUUGGAGAUGCAGAUUAUUGACAUAGUUUACGUCGCAGGGUGGGAAAACCCUGUUGUAAUCGUAUAAUGCAGGGUCGUAGUAAUAAUCUACCAUCCUUGUGCGUGACGUUGAUGAUGAUGAUGAAGAGAAGCAGGUUCCCAUUAUCACUUUCUUUUGCUUUCUCCUCCUUUGUCUUGAGAUUGAGUUAGGUGUGCGCAUUUAGGUUAGAUACUAGCUUAUUUUAGAAGGUAUCUGCAAAAUUAAGUGGGGCUUAUUGGAACAGGGAUUUCACAAAAUUUUAGGUUUUUGCCAAAUCCUCCCUUAUUGGACAAGGUAUUUAUAAAAAGUUUUACAAAUCCCCUCUUAUUGGAUAUAGCAUUUAUAAAAAUCUUAUUAAAUCACCCCUUAUUGGAAAAUAUGGAUUUCAUCAAUGAGAUUCAUUAAAAGUUAUUUUGGAUAUUAAAAACUAUCAUUUACCCUUCAAAUUCAAUAGAAUCAAAUACCACCUAAAGAGAUGGAAUUUAAAUAAAAAAAAGUUAUUCAUCUUUUACA